AUGGUGAACGCCGAUAAUAUUUCAAGAGAAUUAGCCCCUUUAGUUGAUGUUUGUACGAGUGUUGAUGGGGUAGUCGCAAAGAUGGUAGAUGUCGGAGGUGACUUUAGCAGCAAGGAAGACUUUGAUGAUCGUGAAAGCAUGCUAACAUGGAUUUGUAGGAAUGCAACUAACCUUGAUUUUAUUGUGGUAAUAGGAAGAUCGGAUAAUGGUACGGCAAGAAGAAACCCGUUUGUAACAAUGAUGUGCAAAAGAAGCGAUAAAUACCUUCCUCCUCUAAGGAAUUUUAAAAGAAACGACACGGGUACUAGAAAAUGCGAGUGUCCAUUUAAGAUCCGUUGUUACAUGUUGGCUAGCAAGAAAUGGAGAUGCUAUGUUAUUUAUGGUUUGCAUAACCAUGAUUUGUGCGCAAAAUUACAAGGCCAUCCUAGUGUUUGUCGGCUCAAUCCCGAAGAGAAGACAUCUAUUAAAGACAUGUCCUUGAAUCUUGUCCAACUGAAAAAUAUAUUUGCCCCAUUGAAAAGGAAGGAACCCAACAACGUAUCGAAUAUAAGGCAAGUGUAUAAUCAACGGCACCGCAAUAACAAGGCGAGUAGGGGAGAUAGGAGUGAGAUGCAACAAUUGUUGAAAAUGUUGGAUGCUAACAAAUACGUGCUGCGGUACAGAACUUGCAAUGAUAAGGUUGUUCAACAUUUUCCCGACAGUGCUCAUCCUCGAUUCUUCCUACAAGACCAACAAGUAUCGACUCUCAUUAUUUGA